AUAAUAUUUCAGGAGUCGGCGAAUAUAAUUGAUUUGGCAGGAAUAUAUUAUAUCUUAUCACACAAGCACACAAAUUCUAUUAAUUUGAACGAGAGAAUAUUAUCAGUAGGACUAAGUUGGGGCUUUUACGAAUCUUUAGCAACCAAUUUUUUCCCUUUUCUUAUAGGGGGAAAAUCAUUGGAAUUUUCAUUGAAGUAUAUUUAUAGAUCCAUAUCGGCGAAUACAUUUUUGUUUUCCAAUUUGUCUAAAACAUGUCUAUUGUUCAUGUGGAUGAAAAAUACAUCCGGUAAAACAAAAAUCAAUGCUGUUAAUUCUUUACUCGUUUACUUCACUUUCAUAUUGCCUCUUGUGAAUAGGAUUAUAUUAAUAAACGAAGAAUCAUUUAGGAGUGAUAUAUUUAUUCAAUUACUUUUUGAAUUUGCUUUAACAUUUAUUUUAUCCAUAAUUACCAAAUUCAUAUUUAGUUCACAAUUGAAUGUUUCACAUGAGCAUAAAAAUGCAACAUACAGUGAUGAUGAGAUUUAUCAAGUUAAUAAAGACUUAAAAAAAAAGGAUAAGAAAAAAAAGAAGAAUUAA